AUGGUGUGCCGCCUUUUCACCAGAUCCGGAAUUGCAAAGAAACUGUCGAGUCUCUUCUCUACGUCGAGAAAAGCUAGCAGUAGCACUUCUCCUCCGACUGAUUGGAAUUCUCAUUCCGAGUUCUUCAAUUUCACAGGGGCUAGAUGGGUGCGCAAUGAGGAGUAUGAAAUGGCAAUGCGGCAUGUUCCUUUCGACAUGAACGAACUGGCCAAGCUGGUUGCGCAGUCUGUCGGUGCAGUGAAAUGCGUUCAUGUCGAGAAAUUGGGUGAAGGCUUGUACAACAAGCCGUUCCUAUUUACUAUGGAAGAUGGAUCCCAGGUCGUGGGCAAAGUGCCCAACCUAAGUGCAGGCCUGCCGCAUUUCACUACGGCAAGCGAAGUGGCCACGAUGGAUUUUGCUAGAAAUAUCCUUGGCACUCCGGUACCGAAAGUCCUUGCGUGGAGCUCCAAGGCAAAUGAGAGCCCCGUCGGUGCGGAGUUCAUCCUCAUGGAGGUAGCCCCAGGAAUACCACUUUCUAUUGUAUGGAAUGUGAUGGGCAUAGAAGCCAGAAGCAAACUUAUCCUGAGCCUCGGUAAGAUUCAAAACGCUUGGGCGUCCACCACAUUCUCUCAGUACGGAUCUCUGUACUACGCAUCUGAUCUUGAUCACCCGAGACCAUGCCUUCUCACGAAGCGCGACGGUUCCCAGGUAGAAGAACCUCGCUUCGCCGUUGGGCCCUCGAACAGCCGGUAUCAGCUUGAUGAUGGAAGAAUAAAUGGGAUACAGUCGAGCAAUACAAGCGGGCAAUCGGUUAUCGAGAAAUCUCCUGCAUACAGCAAAUGGCUGAACUUCCACUCCCGGUCGUGGGACUUUACGGCCCCGCGCACAUACACUCGGUCUCGACCCAAGAAAUUGGUCGCUUUGAAUUACUAUCUUCAGCUGAUCAAUCAUCUUUUACCGACAGACCCGUCGAUCUCGUCGUCCUUCCUUUGGCACAAUGAUCUUCAUGACGAUAAUAUCUUCGUCAACCCUGAAAAGCCGUGGGAAAUAUUGAGUGUCAUUGACUGGCAAUCCACUGAUCUUCGCCCUCUUUUUGACCACGUCCAGAAACCCUUUUUCCUGAACUAUGACGGUCCAGCUCUCAAGCUUCGUGAACGGCCGAAGCUACCAGAGAAUCUCAGCGAAAUGUCGCCAGAAGCCCAAGAGGAAGCAAAAGAUCUCCACUACCUCAUGGAAAUAUGCGCUUACUACAAAAUGGUUAUCUACCGUGAUACUCGCAUCCUCCAUCAUGCAACCGAAUUUACGGAAACAAAAUCCUUCGAGAUGAUGUUACUCGGCCAGAAACUCGCGGAGGAUGGCGGAGCGAUAUAUCAAUGGUGCGUCAAGGAGUUAGAAGAGGACUGGCCAAGCCUUUCAGGUGUUCAAGCAGCUGGGAAUCCAUCGUUUCCAUUUCACUUUUAUUCUGAGGAGAUCAGCACCAUAGAUCAAGAUGCCGAAGACGCAGAUCGAGGAAUGGAGUUGAUGAGGAAUUUAAAUAUGUCACUCGGUGAUCUAUGCCCGGAGAAUGGCUUGGUCCGUCAUGAAAACUAUGAUGUUGCAAAAGCACUUUUGAGACAAAAAAAGAAGAGUUAA